AUGUCGCUCUCCAACACCUCGUUGUCGAAUCUGCCGCUUUUGAACGAAUCCAACAUCGAGCAGGCCGAAAUGACGUUGACUUCGCUGACGCGUGCGGCGGCGGCUCUCAAGGAGGGCAAACUCCCGACCUCGCAGCAGUUUGCUACCCUCGUUCAAAAAGUGCUCAAGUCGAAUCUGCUGCAACCCGAACUCGGCGCCCGCUUGACUGGCAAAGUUGGAGGCGGCAAGCUCUCCGUUCGGGGCCGUGAGCUCGUCGAGAGCGAACGCGCUGUACUCGAAGGGCUCGUCCGAAUCGUACUCGAGAAAAACUCUGACGACAAGGUCAGUCACUCUCUAUCUCUUGGUUGGGUCGCCGUUUUCUCAACGAUACUAAUGUCACUGUAAAUAUCUGGCGGUACUCGGCUGAUCCGAUCCGAUCCUACUGGCCUUCUAUCCUUCCGUCCCUCGAACGUCAACACGAUGUGAUGUGCCAAAAGAUUCAACGUUUUCUGUGGUUGGCCUCGCAGGCUGACUUGGAAGUCGAUGCUGAUGCCGGUGAGUACCCGCAGCGACAAGUCAGAAUUUUCGCAAAAACUCUGUCGGGCUCCGUUGCCGUGCCGGUAGAUGUUAUUUGCUCAUGCCCACCUCUCACAGACCUCCCUAACCUCCCCGUUCCUUCCGACCGAGAGAUUGGUGAAGCCACUCGCGCGUUAAAGCAACUAUUCACCCUUCUCCUCACCUCGUCCCAACUACGCCGCAUCGUUGGUGAUGUCAUCAAUCUCUUCAGGGAUAUGUUUGCCGAUGCCGCGGAACAGGCUGCAGAAGCCUCCAUCCGUGCUACCAAGACCUCUAAGCAAGUUGCCAAGACUGUGCGCCCCGGCGAGGAAGAGAAGGCGGAUGGCAAGGUCAACCUCAACCUCAACGGGGACGUUUCAAGCAAGCAAUUGAAAAAGAAGGUCUUGCGCGGAGCUGAAGACGCCAAGGAUGAUGCGCUCGCCUCGAUCUCGAAGAGUGGACGUCAGCUCAAAUCUUACGUGGACGAAAAGCUUCCUACGGAUGUCAAGGAUGCUUUCAUCGAGCGCUUCAAGGCAGUAAGCGCCCGCGCUCUCGGAUCGCCGCCGGCCGGCGCGUGCAAGAAUCGCCGCACUUACUUUCAUCCUGUUUCUUACCUCACCAGGUCGUAAACGAAAUUCAGUCCAACCCUGACUACGAAGAAUCCCUCAACACGAUUGUUGGUAUCGUUCGCAAGUACGCCGCGCGCAGCAAAGAUGCACUCAAGGAAGCCGCUUCAUCCGUCGAAGCCAACGUUGAGACGAACGACAAAGUCGAUUCGGCAGCUUCCCUCUUCCGCGAGAUCGUCGAGUCCUUUGCUGGCGACUUGUCCCCAGUCUUUCAGGCCGCCAAUAAGGUCGCCCGUGAUCUCGAAAAUGACUCCCGCAUCGAGUCUCUGCUUGAGGAUGCCGAAUCGUUGCUUGACCGCGCCAUCAACGAUCCAGGUUACAUCACCUCCUCGCGUGCACAGCGCCGAGCGGAGUCGCUUUAUGAUCAAGCACAAGAGCUCGUCAACUUGAACGCUGCAUGGAAGAAGGAUGCGGAUAACUUCGUCGCUGAGGCGAACAAGUGUCUGCAACGCGCAGCCAAUGACAAGGCACUGGUCCAGCUCGGUGAUCGUUUCGAGCGUCUUGGCAAGGCCUUCACCAAGUUUACCCAGACCGGUUUCACGCUCACCGACGCUGGGUCGAUGUGGUCCGACCUCACUCAGGUCUUCUUGCCGCGCAUCCUAGGCGCCCUCGAGGAGAUCCCUUCGCCUCGCGUUGAGUUCACGUCGGAGGAAGUUGAUCUGGUCAUCGACAAUGUUCGCUUCACGUCGGCUUCGUUCGUGCCCGACGCUACUCAUUUCAGGAACCAGAAUGAAAUCUCAGUCAAGAAAGGGUGUAAGUCUGUAUCACCUUAGUCUGUGGUGACACCUAAUCCACGCGGUCUCUAAUGUUUCUCGUGACUGGGUGUUACCAACAGAUGCGGCAUACGCCUCCGAAUUCUCGACAUCGACGACACUUUCCAUCUCGGGGUUGCGUCUUCAAGCUAAGGACAUCUCGUAUUACCUCCACAAGAAGACGGGUUGGCUCACUAUCGAAGACUACGGCAUGCUGGAUAUCAAAAUCGGUACCGAAGGAGAAGAUGACGGACUCGAUGUGACACUCACCGUGAAAAACGCAGAAGAGAGCGAUCGCGAGUCAUUCUUCAAACUAA